UGUCUGCAAGCUGGGGCCCUGGCUGCUCCCAGACCUUCCCUGGGGGCCUGUGGAGAGGGGUGUGUUGGGCUCACUGUGUACAGAUAAGAUGUGGCCUUGCAUGCAGAAGGGGGAUGAGGAGAUGGCAGACCGGAGCACUGUUUGGGUAGGGGUCCAACCAGGAGUGGACCCCGGUAGGGGAUCUCAGGAAGUGAUGUCACUUCCUUGACCAACCCCCAGAACUUGGAACCCCUGUAACCAGGCACCCACAUUCUAGUCCGGUACAGGGUUACUUGGCUCAGGACAUCGGACACAGAAAGAUGUUUUCCUGUUGUCUGCCUGCUUCCUGGGGCUCUGGGUACCAGAAACCCCAGGAAAAUGGCUUGUUCCCAUGCUGCAGACAUUGGCUCAAACCUUGCCCCCAAUGCCCUCCCAGGGCAUUUCGAGGGAGAUGCCAUAAGAACGCUCCAGAGGAGAUGGUGCAGGAGCUGAAUGUCGACACCCCCUGCUCUCCUUCCUCUAAGGACAAGAAGCCCCACAAGGCCAAUAGAGUCUGGCGCUGGCUCAGGGGGAAAAAUGGUUCAACCAGGAAGAGGAGGAGGACCUCGGUGCUGUUGGCCAACCGGGCCAACAAGCUACAGGCCACAAUAGAUCACCUGGUGCCUGCCGUCAUAAGACAAGAUCUACGCUAUGUCCACAUCUUUCUGGACACAUACCGCGCCUUUGCCACCACCCAGGAGGUGCUGGACCUCCUAUUUGCAAGAUUCGGAUGUGUUUACUCCACCUAUGACGAGGUCGGCGGAACCCAGGAGCAGUGCAACACGGCCAUCUAUGCCAUCCUGAACACAUGGGUGGAAAAGUAUCCAGGGGAUUUUGUGCAGCCUCCAGAGUCUCCCAGCUUGCAUGUGCUGCUGGCCUACCUGCAGGUCAAUGUGCCGGGCUCGGACCUGGAGCGCCGGGCCCAGCUUCUGCUCUCAGAAAUGCAACACGUUGAGGCCACGGAGCCAGAGGCUGCGGCACCUGCCCCGGAGCUGGAUCAUGAUGUGCCUCAGGAACUCAUCCCAGCAGCCACUCUGGCACCCGCUGCAUCUCUGGGGCCCGAGCUGGCCCCCGCCAUCCCGGCUGAGGCAGCUGACCACGGGUCAGGAAGAGCAGAGACCCCACCUGCUCCGUUGAGGCCAGGGCAGAUGGUCGUCAGGGCCCUCGUUCACUUCUCUGCGAUGGCAGAGCCAUCGGGCCUUUUGCCUGACCUGGAUGUCCAGCAGGGUCCUGCCCCUGCUCCUGGGGUUCCUGAAGAGCCUGAACCACCACCUGCCUCCGUGGAGCAACCAGGCUCCGCCCCUGAGCAGCAGCUCAUGCUGGCUGUAGCCCCAGAGCAUUCUCCCCCUCUCCCGUCAUUUCCUUCUUUGUCAUAUUUGUGUUUGUUAUUCACCUCUAUACUUACUUAA